AUGGCGUCGGAGUGCGACCAGCACGAGCACCUGCGCCCCGAGGGCACGGAGCUGCUGGCGCGCAUAGCCGUGGACUACACACCGGACGCCUGCCGCCACGCGCCGGCGUCCGGCGAGAUCCACGUCACCUACGACCACCGCGGCGGGGCGCGGUGGCGGUCCCGCGGCCGCUUCCUGCCGGGCUGCGCCGUGGCCGCCGCGGUCCGCGCCCCCGCCGGCGACACCGCGGGGCUCAACUACAACCUCUACCUGUCGUCGCUGGAGGGCUCCAGCGACAUGGACGAGAUCGACUUCGAGUUCCUCGGCAACGACAAGCGCGCCGUGCAGACCAACUUGUUCGUCGCCGGGAGCGGCGGCAGGGAGAUGGUCCACCAACUCCCCUUUGACACCUCCGACGGGUUCCACCACUACGCCGUCGCCUGGAGCGCCGAGGCCGUGGAGUGGCGCGUCGACGGGGAGGUGAUCCGGCGGGAGGAGCGGCGCGACGGGGAGCCCUGGCCGGAGAAGCCCAUGUACCUGUACGCCUCCUUGUGGGACGCGAGCGACGUCGACGAGGGGAAGUGGACCGGCACGUACCACGGCCGCGACGCGCCCUACGUCUGCAGCUACAGAGACGUCAGGGUGCCCGUUGUCGCGCUAUCAGCGGGAGAGGGAGAAGAAUGCCAGGAUGAUGCGAACGCCGGAGAUGAGGCUGGUGCUGCGGAGGAGGAGGUUGACGCCGAAGCUGGUAAAAAUUAGAUCUCGGCGUUGUCCCGCCUCUGAUCGUGCCACCAGCCAUGUGGAAUUAACUAGCUAUCUUGCUCAAGUGUUGCAAUAAAAGAUUUAUGAAUUAUUUGCUGUGAAGGAAAAACAAUGAUAAUACACACAGUUCUUUUGAAUAA